CACAUUCUUUGCUAUAAAAUAGAGUUUCCAGUGUGGUUGCGUAUCUGUAUGUAACAGUGUUUGACCGCCUCAUCAAGUUUGACUCAGACCAUCACAUUAUAUCAUCAUGAGGAUUGUUUGCUUUUUCUUUGCAAUUCUGUGAAUCACCUGAAUCUGGAGCGAUGGAGGUGUGUAUGAGGAGGUGCUUGCGAGGGGUUUGGAUUCUCCUGCAUCUGACAGCUUGUGUUGCAGGUCUGACAGGGAGAUGUAGUCUGUUCGGGCGACACCACGUUCACACGUUUGAUGGAGUUUUGUAUGAGUUUCCUGGAGACUGCAGCUACCUACUGGCUGGAGACUGUAACCAUCGCUCCUUCACACUACUGGGUGAUUUUGUCAAUGGCAAAAGAACAGGAGUCUCUCUGUAUCUGGGAGAUGCAUUUGAGUUGCACCUGUCUGUAGAUGGCAGGCUCACACAAGGCGAAACAAGACUGUCUCUGCCCUAUGCAUCUCACGCUGUGUUUGUGGGCUCUGAGCUGGGCUUUUAUAAGCUCUGGAGUGAGGAGUUUGGCUUCACUGUCACCAUUGAUAAUGCAGCCAACAUCGCCAUGACACUGACCAAGCACCACGCCAACCGCACCUGCGGCCUGUGUGGAAACUUCAACGCUGUACCAGAUGAUGAAUACACCGCUCAAGAGGGAUUCCUAACAGAGGACAGUUAUGAUUUUGCAAAUUCGUGGGCAGUGAAGGGAGCUGAGCAGUCCUGUCAACGCAUCUCAAAGCUCAGCCAGACCUGUAACAACACCAAAGAGACUCCACUGAUUUUGUCCAGCUGCAAUGUGUUGCAGACCUCCAGUGUUUUCCUGCACUGUGCCCACCUGGUUUCUCCCGAGGCCUUCCUGUUGCUGUGUCAGGAGGAGGCAUGUCACUGUGACCAGAAGGAAGGCGAAGACUGUUACUGUCCAAUCCUGUUGGAGUAUGCCCGCACGUGCCACGCCCAUGGAAUACUGCUACGAGGCUGGCAGGAGGAGAGCCAGUGCUUCCCCAAGUGUCCAAUUGGGAUGCAGUACAGUGAAUGCACCAAGUCCUGCUCCACCAACUGCCACAGUCUCAACAUCCAGGAGGUCUGCAAGGAGGAGUGUGUGGACGGCUGUACAUGCCCUGUGGGUAAGGUCCUGGACGGUGAUCGCUGUGUGGAGGUAUCUCAGUGCUCCUGUGUGCAUAUGGGACGACAUUUCCCUCCAGGAUCCACUAUCUCUCAGGACUGCAACACCUGCGUGUGUCGUCACGGUUCUUGGGAAUGCACCAACGAAGGCUGCCCUGGUGAGUGCUUGGUGGUGGGACAGUCGCACUUCAAGACCUUCGACAACAAGUUUUUCACUUUCACUGGCCACUGUCAGUAUCUGCUGGCGAAAGACUGCACAGAGAACGGCUUUUCUGUCAUCAUUGAGAAUGUGCAGUGUGCAGACGAUCAGGAUGCUGUGUGCACGCGCUCGGUGACGCUCAGCCUGCCCUCUCUGGAGGACAUGACAGUGAAGCUGAAGCACGGCGGUGUUGUCUCAGUCAACAGCAUGGACAUCCAGACCCCAAUGCAUCAUGGCCGUCUGCAUAUCCAGAGAUCGGUCCAGUCCUCUGUACGCGUCAAGUUCGGAGAUGACCUUCGUCUAGACUGGGAUGGGCGUGGCCGGGUCCUCUUAAAACUGGGACCAGGAUGGGCAGGCCAAACCUGUGGUCUCUGUGGCAACUUCAACGGUAACCAAGGUGACGACUUCUUGUCUGGUUCUGGACUGGUGGAGGCAGCUCCUCAGUCAUUUGGCCAGUCUUGGAGAAUCAAUGGAGACUGUGAAUCCUUCCACAAACAUGAGAUCGAUCCAUGUGCCACGAACCCCAAAAGAGUACGUUUUGCAGAGGAGGCGUGUGCGGUGAUAAUGUCCGACAUGUUUAGUCCGUGCCACUUUCUGGUGAACCCUGGUCAGUUCCAGCGAUUCUGUCGUUACGACGUGUGCGCGUGUGUGGACGGCGAGGUGUGUCUCUGCUCUGCUCUGUCUGCCUACGCAGCUGCCUGCGCUGCCAGAGGAGUGCUGCUCAACUGGAGGUCUCCUUCACUCUGUGAGCUGGAGUGCACUGAAGGCCAAGUGUAUGAGGCCUGUGGGAGUGUGUGUGACCGGACGUGCAGUGCCCUGUCUGGGGCUGAGGCUGGAUGCGAGGGGGAGAGGUUGUGUGAGGAGGGAUGUUUCUGUCCCAGUGGAACGUAUCUGAGCAACACUGGAGAAUGUGUGACAGCUGACCAGUGCACCUGCCUGCAUGACGGACAGCUCUACCAGCCGAAUGACGUCUACGCUGAUCACAACAGUAUCUGCUACUGUGAGAAUGGCUCCAUGCGCUGUAGCUCCACUGAAGUGAGCACUUUGCUGUCUGACCUCUUCUACGAUGAUGACCUGGCACCAUCCAGAGAGCGGCGGUCAGCCCAGUGCACUCCUCCAUUAGUUCAUGCUCAGUGUGAUGCUGGAGAAAAAGGCCUGGAAUGUGCCAGGACCUGCCAGAACCUGGACCUGCCCUGUGUCAGCCUCGCCUGCAUCCCCGGCUGCCUCUGUCCUUCCGGCACAGUGCGUCACCGCAGAGACUGCAUUGCACCGGAGCAGUGUCCUUGUUACCAUAACAACCGACCAUAUACAUCAGGACAGACCAUCUCUGUGGACUGCAACACUUGUGUGUGUGAGAGCAGGAAGUGGCGCUGCACAGAGAAGCUGUGUGAUGGCGUGUGUCGCACGGUGGGCGAGGGGCAUUACAUCACUUUUGAUGGCCACAAGUACUCGUUUCCGGGUCUCUGCCAGUAUGUCCUGGUCCAGGAUAUGUGUCAUGGAGAAGAGGGUUCAUUCAGAGUGCUGGUGGAGAAUGAGGCCUGUGGAAUUGUGGGACAUCGCUGUGCAAAAUCUGUCAAAGUCUUUUACAAUGGAGGAUUGAUUUUAAUGCAACAUGGAGAGGUGAAGAUGAAGAAACCGGUGCUGCAGGGCUCACAGGUGGAGAUUGUGAGAUCCGGUCAGUUUUAUACUCUGCUGCUCGGGAAGCACAUUUCCCUCAGCUGGGACAAGGGCACCCGUCUCCUGGUCCACAUCUCAGCCACGUACAGGGGCCGGGUGUGCGGUUUGUGUGGUAACUUUGAUGGAAAUGUCAACAAUGACUUGAUUAGCAGCAACAAUCAGCUCGAGGUCAACUUCUCACACUUUGGAAAUUCCUGGAAGGUCGUUCCAAGCUGUGCCGAUGUAACACAGAUACCGGCUCCAUGCAGCGACAACAUUGUCAAGUUAGUAACAGUGGAGCAGUCAUGUCGUGUGGUCACAGCUCCCCCCUUUAAAGAAUGCAACAGCCAGGUGGAUGCAGAGCCGUAUGUGGAGAUGUGCGUGGAGGCAGCGUGCUCCUGUCCAUCUGUGGGCGACUGCGCAUGUUUCUGCGACGUCAUCGCGGCCUACGCUCAAGCUUGUUCCGAGAGGGGUGUGGCUGUCAGCUGGAGGUCGAAUGAUCUUUGCCCCAUGAGCUGUGAGGAGCUGAACCCCAGGAGCCCAGGCUUAGGGGAGGAGUCAUGCCAGUGGAGGUAUAACACUUGUGGCCCUGCCUGCCCAAUCACCUGCCAGCACCCAGAUCCCCUCCACUGUUCACUCUCAUGUGUGGAAGGUUGCCAUGCUGUCUGCCCCUCAGGCCAACUACUGGACGAGGUGGCCAUGCGCUGUGUGGAUCCCUCUCAGUGUCAGGUGUGUAUCCAUGAGGGUCAGAGAAUCUCCCACGGCAACAAGGUCAUUCUGAACCAUGAUGAUCCAGACCACUGCAGAAUAUGUCACUGUGACAACAACACCCUCAGCUGCGAAGUUUGCACCUCCCUCACCACGUUUACGACUCCCACACCAACACCAACCUACGGCGCCUUCACAACCCUGCCCUUCACCACGUUAAUGCCCGAGGGCACGUGUGACCGCGCCAUGGAUCUGGCAUUCCUAUUGGAUGGUUCUGAAGCCCUUAGCGAAGAUGAAUUUCAGGCGACCAAAGAGUUCAUACUGGGAGUGGUGGAACGUUUUCGCAUGGGCUCGGCUCACACUCGAGCGACAGUGCUGCUUUACCACUCUGGAGUGAAAACUUAUGACCUGCAGGUUCAGAAAUGGCUCUUUAAGAAGACUGUGCGUGAGCUGCAUUACACGGGAGGAGAUUCCUCCUUCUUGGAUGAGGCUCUCAAGUAUCUGGUAAUCAACAUCUAUGAUAAGAACAAGCGUGAGCAUGCUGGCCGUGUUGCGAUCAUCUUGACUGCUAGCGCUAACCCUCGGUCCAUGCGUGGCAUUAUCAAGACGCUUCGACGAAAAGCCAUCACCACCCUGACAGUGGCGCUGGGUCCUGGGGUAAACAUGGGGCAGAUCAAUGACAUCACAAAGGCCAACCCAGAUAACAGGGCCUACGUGCUGAGCAGCACCGCUGAGCUGCCUGAUCGUCUGUUUGAGCUGCAAGAUUAUCUCUGCACCUUGGGGUUGGAGCCUGAGGUGCCGAAACCUCCAGCGACAAAGUCCACUCCGGGUAAAGCUCACAAAAGCACGACCACCACUACCCUGACUCCUGGUCUGCAGCCAAACCCCACACAACACCUCCACAAGACCUCUCCUUCCACCACACCCGUUAGCCUAUCUCCAAUCACCACAUCGCCAUAUCCCAUUUCUCCUGUCCAUGAUGUCACGUUUAUAGUGGAGGGCUCCGAUUCAGUUGGAGAAGGCAACUUUAACAAAUCGCUCCUCUUCCUGAUGGAAGUUAUUUCACAGCUGACGGAAAAGGAGGAGUUUGUUCGCAUCACUGUGAUCCAAUACUCAGUAACAGUCACUGUGGAGAUCAGUCGGUGGGAAGUGCGGCAACGGAAGUCCCUGCUGCUGCAACGACUGAGGGAGAUUCGUUGGAGGGGUGGAGACAAGACGAACACAGGCGCAGCCAUCUCCACCGUUUUCCAGGACAUUGCUAGCACCAAGCCGCCGCGUGGCCCCACCCCUCCUCAGCUUGUAUUCCUAGUGACAGAAAACCCCCCCACUGACACAGUGACACGUCCUCCAUCCACCAACACUCACACAAAAGUGUAUCCCAUUGGGGUUGGACCAAAAUUGCAAGAGAUCGACUUGUCGCAUUUGAGCUCCCCUGAACGUCCGAUAAUUGUUAGUGACUCCAACAGUCUGACGACCCUGGUUCACCGAGUAGUCAACAUCAUUCACACCACAGUGGGGCCCCAGUCUCCUACACUGGUACCACUGGUCCGCCCAACACUCUCCAGCCUGCCACCCUCAGUGCCGUGUAAGAAGCCUGUGGAUGUGAUGUUCCUGCUGAAGGCUGGAAACCAGUUUGAGGACAUGAAGACGUUUGUCAAAGCUUUCAUCAAGGAUGCUGACAUAGGGCUGAAUGGCACUCAGGUGAGUGUGGUUCAGUAUGGAGACACCAACACGGCAGAGCUCACCUGGAAGGAUGAACGGAGCAAAUCCCACCUCCUGAACCGGGUUGAGAGCAUUCGAAGCAGGACUACCGCUGCCUCCGCACUCGGGUCUGCGCUGCAGUUUGCCGUGCGGAUGUCCAUCUCACCAAGCAAUGGUGGAAGAGUGGGCGUCCCCAAGGCCGUGGUGAUGCUGGUGACGGACAAAUCAAGUGAUGAUGUCAAAGAGGCAGCUAAUGAAGCACUGGCGGCAGGUGUGUCGGUGUUCCCCAUCGGAGUGGGACUAAGCUAUGACAUGAGUGAGCUCAGCAUGCUCGGGCGCGAUGGCAACGAAGACAAUACUCUGCAUUUGAAAAGCAUGGAUCAGUUGCUGAUGUUGCUGACGCUGGACCAUGGUUACACAGAGAGGAUCUGCAGAGCUGGUCCACCGGGAGUGUGUGUGGAUGAUAGUGGAAUUGAGAGAAAGCCUGGUGAGUCGUGGGUGCUGGAGGACGGCUGCCACUCUCUUCUGUGCCAUCCCAGUGGGGCGGUGACCCUGCAGAAUCACAAAGUCAGCUGUGACCGGUUGGAGCCACCGGCCUGCAGAAACAACAUAACACCCGUCAAAGUCCAGGAGGCCUGCGGCUGCCACUGGGAGUGCCCCUGCAUGUGUAUGGGCAGCUCCACCAAUCACGUGGUGAGGUUUGACGGCGUGGCACUCAGGCUGCACGGGGAGGGCUUGUGCUCCUACACACUUCUCACUGUCAGCAGAAGCAUUGGCGAGGGGUCAGAGGUCAAACUCCACAGCGGACCUUGUCAGGACACAGGGAAUUACAACCAGGUCUGCAUGAAAGCAGUGGAAGUGAUUCACGGAACACAUAAGCUGCUGCUGAAGGAUGAUAUGACGGCAGUGAUUGGCCAGGAGGAGCUUGCACUGCCGUGGCGUUAUGGUGGUCUGGAAGUGGUGUGUUACGGCGGAGUGAUGCUGGAACUGAAAUCAGAUCACGGUUAUGUCUUGGCUUUCACGCCUCAGAACAACGAGUUCACCAUCACGCUGCAGAGUUCCUCCACCAACGGCCACACUGCUGGACUCUGCGGUGCCUGUGGGGAGGAACAGGCGAGCGUCCUCUCUUUACGUAGCGGCAGUUCAACGACCAACCAGUUGGACUUCAUCUCAGACUGGACCGUGGCUACAGACGGCAGCAUGUGUCUGCCUAAGCAGAGACUAGACAAGUGUGCUCCUGCUGCAGCAAUGGGAUGUCAGGCCCUGCGCUCAGAGGUGUUUGGGCCGUGCCACGAGCACGUUCCCGUUCAGGUGUUCCUUGCCAACUGUGAGGAGCAGGCAUGUGAGGAGUCAGAUGUGUGUGAGCUCAUCACGCACUAUGCUCGCCUCUGCAGACAGAGGGGCGUGUGUGUGGACUGGAGGAGACAUCACCUCUGCCCAUACCCGUGCCCCAGAUCCACGGAAUAUAAUGCAUGCCUGACAGGUUGUGUGGAAACAUGUGACAACAUACAGACAUUGCGUGGUGACUGGGCAGUUGCCAGGGGUAACGCGUCAUCCUGUAUGGACACGCCUACUGAAGGCUGUUUCUGUACUGGAGGGACGGUUAUGCAUCAUGGACAUUGUGUAUCACCAGAGGCGUGCAGGCAGUGUGUCGACCCCCAGGGACGCACAUAUUCGUAUAUGCAGAGUUGGGUACCAGAGGAGAACCCAUGUUUGAUUUGCAUGUGUUUGAACCAACAACACAUCAACUGCACUGCCCGGCCCUGCAAUGACGUCAGACCUCCAGUGUGUGGACCCUGUGAGACCCUGAAGGAGAAGAGAGGUUCCAAGUGCUGCCCAGAGUAUGAGUGUGUGUGUGAUCGGGUGAAGUGUGACCUGCCUGAAGUUCCCCGCUGUGAGGAUGGGCAGACUGUGGUUCUGAUAAACCCCGGGGAAUGUCAGCCCAAUCAUAAAUGCGUCUGCAAAAAGGAUGAGUGCCCUCUCCGAGCUCCCCCGACUUGUCCCUCACAUCGCCUGCUCUCAGUGAAAAAGACAACGUGCUGCGAUGUGUUCGAAUGUGCGUGCAAGUGCCAGAACUCCACCCACACCUGCCCCCCUGGGUUCAUUACAUCCUCCUCAACCAACGACUGUGGCUGCACAGAGACCAGCUGCCUGCCUGACAAGGUGUGUGUGGUCGGUGGGGUGAUUCACCCAGUGGGCAGUGAAUGGGAGGAGGGAUGUGAGAAGUGCAGUUGCACCCAGCUGCAGGACAAAGACACAUCUCUGCACAUUGCUCAGUGUACUCCACCUGUCUGCGAUCGGACAUGCCCUUGGGGCUCAACCUACACUUCAUCAGGAGGAGAGUGCUGUGGGAAGUGUUCACCAACCAGCUGUGUGGAGUCAGAGAGAGAGAUGCGAGGAGACACACUGAUCGGGGGAAGACUCAGAAGUGUGGGUGAGGUGUGGCAGUCCCCACAUGAUAAAUGUGUGCAACAUCAGUGUGUGAAAGUGAAAGACGACGUGUUUGUCUCCGCAACCAACAUCAGCUGCUCCGCCAUGGACACGCCGUCCUGCCCACUGGGAACCGAGUUACACUGCGACACCCAGGACUGUUGCCCCCGCUGCCACUGUGCUCCUAUGGACGCCUGCGUGCUCAACAAAACUGUGAUAGGAGCAGGGGAGAGGCUGAUGGUGGAUGUAUGUACACACUGCGAGUGUAUGAUAGAGGAUGGUGCUAUCAAGAAAUACAGACUGUCCUGCAAGCGAUUCAGCUGUCCCACUUGCCCCCAGGGAUACACUCUGCAGAAGGAGGAGGAUGCUUGCUGUGGCCGCUGUGUUCCCACCGCCUGCAUCCUGCAAAGCCCAAAUGGAAAAGUGAACACCACCAAGGAGGACGGUUGCAGCCUUCAUUCCUGUGGUGUAAACAGUAAAGGAGCUCUUGUCCAGGAGACCAGAGUGACCACCUGCCCCCCCUUUAACCGCCAAGCCUGUCUGGAUCAGGGGGGGAAGGUCAGCCAGAUUGGAACGACCUGCUGUGAGAUGUGUAAAGAGCCAGAGUGUCGGAGGACAGUGGGAACUCUUAACCACAUCAGAGUGGACGAUUGCCAAUCAGAGCACCAGAUAGAACUGCACUACUGUGAGGGCAAAUGUCGCAGCAAGUCCAUGUACUCCCUGGAGAGGGCCGCUGUGGAGCAGGAGUGUGUGUGCUGUGCUGCCGUGGAGACAGAGCCGCUCAGCGUGCCCAUCCUGUGUGCCAACGGCACUAGCAGCCACCACACUGUCCUGUCAGUCACUGCAUGUGACUGUCUGUCCAAAAACUGCACCUAAAGAGAGAGAGAUUAGACAUGCAGAUGGUAUGUGUGUAUCCGUGUUAAAUGUACCUGUAUAAACACAAGUCACAAUAAAACAAACCUGCCAGUUUCUGUAACCACCA